AAAUAAUCAGUUGCAGCACUAUCAAUCUUCUGUCUUUUCAUACUAACAAGCAUCAUCUAUUUGUCAUACAAUUCGCCAUACGUUAAUUUCUAAGGCAUACAAAAUUUCAACACUCAGACUUUUAGUUCCCCAAUCUUAGACUUUCUUUUCUUCAAGAACCUAUAUACCCAAUUGUUCCGUUGUGCAUCCUUUUACAAUACUAUUGGGCACAGAUUCAUCUUUGAAUUCAAAAAAUUGCUGUUUUGGGUGAAUUAACCGGGUAAUAGUGAUUUUUGCUUCGCUAUUUUUGAUUUCAAAAAAGAGUUAAUAGUUCCUCAUAGAAGGCACUGUUUUCCUAUUCUAAACACAAUACUAUCGUUAAACUGUUACAACUAUCAUAAUGAAUGUCCUUAUUUACUCUGGUACUGGCACUUCUAAAAUUGCCUUGACAAGGACAUACCAAAGUCUUCUUAGAAUGGUCGUUCCGCAUUACGCUUUACGUUAUGUGGAUGUAAGAACACUUGACAAUGAACCUUGGACGAGCAGUACUGCUCUUCUUGUCAUUCCUGGUGGAAGAGAUUUGGGUUACUGUAAAGACUUUACCGAAAAAACAUAUCAAAAGGUAAAGGAGUUCGUACGAAGGGGUGGCUCUUACUUAGGAAUCUGUGCCGGGGGAUAUUUUGCUUCUGGAAAAGUUGACUUUCGCAUGGAGGACUCUAAACUUAAUGUUGUUGGCCCUAGAAAGCUCGCAUUCUUCCCUGGAACUUGUAAGGGUCCAACUUACCCUGGUUUUGUAUAUGACAGUGAAAGCGGCGCCAGGGCAGCUCCACUCGCCCUUUCACCAGAUCUUUCUGUUCCCGGAGCGACUGAUGGAAUUGUCAAGAUUUAUUGGAACGGAGGCGGCUCGUUUGUCGACGCACAUAAAUAUGAGAAUGUCCGUAUUUUGGCGCGUUACAAUGACCUCCCGGAGUCACAAAAUAAUGAACAGGCAAGCGUCAUCUCAAUGAAUGUUGGUCGAGGACGAGUCAUUCUGACAGGCGUUCAUCCUGAGUUCGAAACAGACGGAUGUGAAGGACACGAAAAACGCGAUGAGACAUUACGUCUUGAGUUUCUUCGCUGCUUACUACAAGAUCUAAACAUAAAAAUUAACGAAGACUACAACUCUGAGCAAUGGAAACCUUCUCUCCAUUACCUUAUCACGUCUGACUUUCAUUCCUCAUUGCCAGACUUGGCUGUUCUUUUUGAACAAGAGUCCCGUAAUGUUUUAAGGGAUAAGCGUUAUACCUUUCAUUUUAACGCAGCUGCCUCUGCUGAAAUCACUACAGGCGAAGCUAGCACGCUGAAUAACGAUGAGGAGGAGGAUCGAACAAUGCUUUCCAUUCACUCUUGUACCCCGUCAAAAGCAACAGAGUUAUUCUCACAACACUUUGACUAUCAACUCUAUGACAGAUGUUUGGGAGAUUGUGAUUUCGGAAGACCAUUUCUUUAUGCACCUGUGACAACGUCCACUCAAUCCUUGCUUGACCAAAAUACCGGCUUUUUAAGCACUCUUCCUACUGGUUUUACAGCUUGUGCUGAUCACCAGUUGAAUGGCCGCGGUCGUGGGCAAAACAUGUUUGUUUCUCCUCCGGGUAUUCUUGCUUUUUCCUACGUUGUUCGAAUUUCGUCCACUCAGUUUUCGACCGUACCUGUCGCCCUAAUCCAAUACCUCGUUUCGUUGGCCGUAGUUGAGAGUAUACAUGGCUAUGCACCUGGUUUCGACAAACUGCCUGUCUUCAUUAAAUGGCCUAAUGAUGUUUAUGUUCAAGUUUCCGACAACGAGAAGCUCCCAAAAUCCGAGCAGUACAAAAAGCUUUCAGGCGUUAUCGUAACAACUAACUACUCAAAUAACGAACUGUUUCUCGUCGUUGGUUGUGGUGUCAACGUGGACAAUACGGGCCCAACAACCUCUCUCAAUGCUGUCGUGUCCCAGUGGAACAAAACUGCCAAACAAGCAGGACACGUAGCUCUGGAAAAGGUGAGACGAGAGAAGCUUUUGGCAUUAUUUUUCCAUUACUUCGAGCUCUACUACAACCAGUUAAUCCAUCAAGGCUUCAGUACUAUUCUUCCCGUGUACUACAAAAACUGGCUUCACACAAACCAAAAAGUUUACCUGGAAAAUGGUGUUCCCGCACGCAUCGAAGGUAUCACAACCGAUUGUGGUCUACUAAUUGCUCAACCCAUUACUGAGGACGGAAGACCCAUAGGUGUAAAAGUCAUUCUCCAGCCAGAUGGCAAUAGUUUUGAUUUUAUGCGAAAUCUGAUUACGAAAAAGUAGAGGAACAAAACUGAAAACUGAUAAUACAUGCUUCCCCACUCCAAUACAUGUCUACGAAACCAAAUUACGUUCUCUCGAUCUCCUUAAAACUGUCACAUAAUACUCCAGUGAAUCCUCAUUUUUCGUAAACACAGCCUAGCGGGUAAACCUCGACAAUGUCUAGUGUUGCAUAGGGCGAUGACCGCCUCUUCUGCCGCCGUUGUUUCCAUAACCUCCACGGCCGCGACCGCGACCACGGAAGCGAUUGGAACGGUUUUCACGAUGUUGACUCUGUUGCUUGGCCACUUGCUCCACCAAUUCGUCUUGAACGCGAAGAUAUUUGAUCUAAAGUUGAAUUGUUAGUUUCAAUAAAGAUAUAUAAGAACAUAUUUUGCUUAAGAACGGCGUUUUUGCUUACAUUGUUUC